AUGUCCUCCCCCACCUUCAUCACAGUUGGGCGUGCCAUGCCCCUUGAGACACGCCUAGCUCUAAGGCAAGAGCUGCUUGAUGCGGAUGACAAAUUUGUUCUUGAGCUUCCCAAAGUCGAGCUACACGUCCACAUUGAAGGGACCCUGACGCCUGAGCUGAGAUGGGAGCUUGCCAAAAGAAACGGCCAGACACUAAAGCUCGAGCGCACCGGCACCGUGUACACCAGUCUGGAACAGCUACGAGCGUCGUACACCAUCAUGGAACCUCGGCCAGGCCAUAGCAUUGACAAUGCCGAAGAAAGUUUCACUUUCUUCGAGGCUUACUAUGGUGGUUUCGAGGUCCUUGUUACCGAGCAAGACUUUUUUGAUCUGGCUAUGAAUUACUUUCGACGAGCCGCCUCAAUGAACGUUCGCUACUGUGAACCUUUCUUCGACCCUCAAGGCCACACACGCCGUGGGGUUUCUUGGGAAACUAUGAUGGGGGGCUUCCGUAAGGCCCAACAGGAAGCAGAGAAGAGCCUAGGUAUCAAGUCGAAUUGGAUUAUGUGUUUCCUCCGCGACCUAUCAGUAGAGUCUGCAAUGGAGCACUAUCAAGCCGUUCUCCCAUACCGUGAUAUAGUCGUCGGUAUCGGUCUGGAUUCGGACGAGACCGAUCGGCCCCCCUCUCUGUUUGCAGAUAUCUUCGCCUUGGCCAGACAAGCUGGCUUCCGCCUGACUUGUCACUGUGACGUGGGACAACCAACCACACACGAAAACAUUCGGCAGGUGGCAUCGGUCCUUGGGGGAUCCGGUGCAGAGCGCCUAGACCAUGGCCUCAAUGCUGCGCAAAGCCAAGAGCUGAUUCAAUUGAUCAAGAAGAACGGUGUUGGCAUGACCAUAACACCGUGGGGCUAUCUCCGGCAUCAACCAGUCGAUGAGAUCUUCCCGAGGAUCCGAACAUUAUUUGACGCGGGCAUUCUGAUCGCGAUUGGGAGUGAUGACCCGCCAUAUAUGGAGGACUGUUGGAUUAUACACCACCUGCUGCUUGCCAGGAAAAUGUGCUCAUUCACUGACCAUGACAUGGUAACUUUGGCGAGACGUUCUGUUGACAUGUCUUGGGCAUCGGAGUCGGUGCGGGCGGAGAUUAAGUGCGAAAUAGACAAGGUCGUGGCUAAGUAUUUACAUUAA